GCCUAGAUAAGUUCCUACUUAAACCUCUCGACUAUGAUAAAACAAAUAACAAGACAACUAAAAGCUUUUUAUUUUUAUUUUAUCGUAUUAUUUCGUUUGGUUGUGCAAUAGCAAACAUGUUGGUCAAUAAUGGUGAAGCGGAAUGCAAUUCACACCUAGGGAAAUAUAUAAACUCGUGCCCCUACUUCUAGUGCACAAAACAUUGAUGCUAAAUUAACAGUGAAUAGUAAUUACGUUAAUUAACUUAAUCAUGUUUAGAAUCACAGUGUUGGAAAGUCAAUAACAUUGUAAAAUAUGUACUUUAUUCCUGACAAUUAUUUCACGAAGGAUCCGUCAUAAUAUAAACACAUUACGCGCGAAGCGUUUUAAAUUACUGUCAAGUUAAAAAUUAACAACGAACAGCGCAUAAUUUUUGGCAUAAGUAGAACAAAUCAUUUUAGUCAUUAAAUAUCAUAUAACAUAGAAAAUAGAACACGAAUAUGAUCUACGAUAUGAAUAUUUAAAAGCUCGCUGAAUUUGCCGAUCAAAUCUCAAACUGAUAAAUAUGCAAUCCUGCUGAUAUAAACACUUGGAUGGAUAUUAUGUAGGCCGAACGUCUGUAAACCCGUAAUAUCGGAAUGUAGAUGGACAACAAUAGUGUUUAACCGGCUACACAAAAUAGCAACCAGUAAGUAAAGGAUUGUGACAAACUCAUAUGAAAAUGAAGGGCAAACGUGUUCAAAAGAACCACGAUACUACCCAUGACACUCCGGAUAUGGAAAAAGACGCUCGUAAGCUGAAAGUUGGAGAGCAAGAUACGAUUGAGGUGACGAAGAAUCAAGAUCUACCAAUCGACAAAGGAUGGGCAUGGGUAGUUCUUGCUGCACAUUUCGUGAUGACCAUCGGUUUGCAAAAAUUCAGCAGCCGUGUCUCAGUCUGUUUAGGCGGAAUUCUGACAGUGGUUGGCUACGCAAUCACAGCAUUUGCUACUGACAUUCGACAGUACUACUUUGCGCAGGGCAUCCUAUGCGGUGCUGGUUUGGCAAUGAUAGCCUCUCCAGAGUUGGCGAUAAUAGGGGCUUACUUUAACAAGCAUCGCGGUCUUGCUAAUAGCAUCUUUACUGCUGGUGGUUCACUAGGUGGACUCGCUUUCGCGCCUGUAGUUGUGAAACUGUUCGAUGAAUACGGCUACACAGGAGCAAUGCUUAUUAUCUCCGCGUUAUUAAUGCAUUCCAUUUUAUCAGGACUUCUUAUGCGGCCAAUAGAACUGUACUCCCUACGAAGAAAUAAGGGUGAUAGUAAGAAAGAAGAAGACACAUCUGUUAUUUUUGGUGACGGCAAAGAUCAUGACAAAAGCAUUAACAAGGCAAGAGGUGAAAUAACUGACACAAAUUAUGACCUUGACGAUGAAUUAGAUGUUGAUGAUGAACGAGAAACCGCAUUCAAAGGUUCAGGAAAAUCGUUGGAUCAACGACUGAAAAAUGCUGCAAUGCAAUCAUAUGAUGUAGACAUUGCCAAUCGAAAUCAACAAGGGUCGCCUUUGAUUAGUCGUGCACGGGCACAUUCUUACAAUGCUAAACGCUCAAGAACGCUGUCUGAAUGCACUGAGGUGAGUAAGUCCACUUUGACCAAAGUUAUACAAGCCAUCGACAGGUCAGAAGUUGCUCUGUACGCAAGCGGAGAAUGCAUUUUUGGGUCUUUCAUUGGCAUAAACUCUGCAAGAAAACAUUUAUCUUAAGACGUCCACGAACCAGAGAAAACGACAGCAUCAUCUACGACAGAAUUUCAGACAACAUGCUGCAUGGCAAUUUUUUCAGGAAUAAAGAACGUGCUGUGCACGGUGUUUGACUUAAGCUUAAAGAAGAACCCACUAUUUUUACUGUUUUUACUGAUGGCAUUUUGCAUGGUGUCUGGCUUGGGGCUAGUUCCGGCGAUGCUUCCGCCGCAUGCAAAGGAUGUUAAUUUAAGUAAUUCUCAAAUUGCCAUAUGCGUGUCUAUUCAAGCAGGAUUAGACUUAUUUUCGAAAAUAUCACUAGGACUUGUUGUUGACCGCCAAUGGCUUGCCAUGCCAACGAUUUUGGCAAGUGUUGCAUUAAUGAUAGGAACGGCGUGUCAUCUUGUGAGAUUCGCCACUAGUUUUGAGUUUGUUAUGGUUCUUAACGUAUUAACAGGUAAAUAUUCUUCCGCAUGUUAACAUGAAUAAUGCUAUAUGCAAGUUUAAACUUUCUCAAGUGCAUCAAACCAUUUAAAUACUCAAAUAGAAAGAAGAAAUAAUACAAACCAGUAAUUUGAGUAAAGACUUUGUA